AUGAAGCUCUCCAUGCAGUCGCUGGCCCGGAAGCUCUCCAUCCCGUCGCCCAAGCGGGGCAAGAAGCAGCAGCAGCAGGACGGCGGCGGCAGCGGCAGCGGCAAGCGGGGCAUCUCCCGGAGCGAGGCGCCGUCGUUCGCGUCCGCGUCCUCCUCCUCCACCUCGUCGUCCACCGAGGACGCGCUGCCGCGGGCGUCCACGCCGCGGUCGGUGCUCCCCGCGGAGAUCUCGCGGCGGGAGCUGGAGGCCGUGCUCCGGCGGCUGGGCCACGAGGAGCCGUCGGACGACGAGCUCGACGCCGUGGCGGCCAUCGCGGCCGCCGGGGAGGCCGGCCCCGAGGACGAGCUGAUGGAAGCGUUCAACGUGUUCGACGCCGACGGCGACGGCCGCAUCACCGCCGAGGAGCUCCGCGGCGUCAUGGUCGCCAUCCUCGGCGGCGAGGCCGACGGGUGCAGCCUCGACGACUGCCGCCGCAUGAUCGGCGGCGUCGACGCCGACGGCGACGGCUUCGUCGGCUUCCAGGACUUCGCGCGCAUGAUGAUGGUGUCGACCACCGCGGCGGCCACCACAUCGGCCGGCCCGAGAUUCAUGUGA